AUGUUCUCCACCCUGUCCAUUUCCUCCCCACCCGUCCAUCCCCUUCCCCCACCGUCUCUUCCUUUCCCCCUUCUACUGGCCCUCCGAUUACCCCACUUCCCUCCCCCUUCUCCAUCCCUCCCCUUUUUCCAUCUCUCCCCCUUUCCCACUGCUCACAAUGGCUGCAUGCAGCAAAGGCGCAACGUCCCAUCUCUCCCCUUCCCUUUCAUCCGCCACCCCACUGCUGAUUCUCUCCCUUGCCCCUAUCCUUCUCUCCCUUUCCCCCUGUCCUCCUCUCUCUUUCCCCCUAUCCUUCUCUUCCUUUCCCCCUGUCCUUCUCUCCCUUGCCCCUAUCCUUGUCUUCCUUUCCCCCUGUCCUUCUCUCCCUUGCCCCUAUCCUUCUCUUCCUUUCCCCCUCCCCCACUCUCUCUUUCCCCCUAUCCUUCUCAUUUUUUCUCCCUGUCCUUCUCUCUGCUUUCCCCCUAUCCUUCUCAUUCUUUCUCCCUGUCCUUCUCUAUCUUUCCCCCUAUCCUUCUCUACAGUUCCCACUGUCCUUCUCUCAUUCCCCCUAUCCUUCUCUCCCUUUUCUCCUGUCCUUCUCUUUCUUUCCCCCUAUCCUUCUCUUCCUUUCCCCCUGUCCUUCUCUCUCAUUCCCCCUAUCCUUCUCUCCCUUUUCUCCUAUCCUCCUCUCCCUUUCCACCUGUCCUUCCCUUCCCACCCUUCCUUCCCCUCUCUCACAUCCCUUCCCUUUCCUACUAUCCUGUCCCACCAUUCAACCUUCUCUCGGCAUCCCUUUCCCCCCUCUCCUGUCCCACCCCUUUCCCCACUCCCGUCCCAUCCCUUUCCACUACGCCCCCUCGUGGACAGCUGCACCAAUAG